AUGCACGAGCGUGUGGAUGUUGGUGGGUCCUUGCCUACAAUUCUGCUCCCGGGCGAGAGGUCGCGACUCCCAGCGUUCCGUGUUCUCUAUAUAUACUACCUCGGAAUAACGAACCACCAAGACCGACAUUUUGUGACGGUUGCUCCUUGCCUACUCGUUAGCGGAUUGAUGACCAUCUUUCUCCUGGGUGCUGUUCAUGUUCCCAUUUUUCGAUUACCAUCCGCCACGCUUUUUUUACACCCAAACUUAAUGGAGGUACCCGGAACGGCUUUACCAGACAGAAUUUGGAUGUGGAAACCUUGCCUCGUGAACAGGUUGAAUGACUCGGACAUGCAUGGUACAAGUGGUCGACAUGAAAAAUGUUUGUUGAAGCUGUCUCCAACGCAGGCAAAUAAGGCUACCAAGUUUCAAAUGGCGAUGCGGGGAAAGGCAAGGCACUCCAAUGUCAGGGACGAACAAAACGUAAGAAAAUGA